GGGGUCCCACACAGACGCUUGUGCAGCCGGAAACCAGGUUAGUCCCUUGGCACCUGUGUUAGCUUGUAACAGUGUUGAAUGUCCAGUGCCCCCCACCCCAGCAUCCUCUUGGGCCCAACGUUGAAGCCAGUGUGCCGUGUCUUGCAGCAGCAUCCCUGUGCUUCCAAGUACCAGGAAGGGAGGCCGUCCCCAAGGAAGGGCCGGGUGUGCAGCGACCUGGGGCUCAGGUGCACGAGCGGCUUUGCAGGAUUUAGCCUGCGUCACGAGCUGGAGAUUCGGGGAGCGGGGCAGGUCCGGGCAGGAGGCGGUGCAGCAGAGGGAGGCAGGGAUGGAGCCCCUCCUGCGCCCCUCACCGCCUGCGUCUUGCCUUCCAGACCCCCCACUCCCUGAGGCAGCCACCAUGGACAUGAACGUGACCGGCCCGGACAAUGAGACCAUCCUGAUGCUGCGCGACCCGACCAUCGCCGUGGUCCUGCCCGUGGUGUACUCGCUGGUGGCGCUGGUGAGCAUCCCCGGGAACCUGUUCUCGCUCUGGGUGCUGUGUUUCCACAUCGGGCCCAAGUCGCCGUCGGUCAUCUUCAUGAUCAACCUGAGCGUCACGGACCUGAUGCUGGCCAGCGUGCUGCCGUUCCAGAUCUACUACCACUGCAACGGGAACCACUGGGUGUUCGGGGAGCUGCUGUGCAAGGCCGUGACCCUGGCCUUCUACGCCAACAUGUACUCGUCCAUCCUCACCAUGACCUGCAUCAGCGUGGAGCGCUUCCUGGGCGUGGUGUACCCGCUGGCCUCCGUGCGNUGGCGCCGCCGCCGCUACGCCGUGGCCGCGUGCGCCGGGCUGUGGCUGCUGCUGCUGUGCGCGCUGUCCCCGCUGGCGCGCACCGACCUCACCUACCCCGUGGAGGCGCUGGGCAUCGUCACCUGCUUCGACGUGCUCAAGUCCACCAUGCUGCCCAGCGUGGCCAUGUGGGCCAUGUUCCUCUUCACGCUCUUCAUCGUGCUCUUCCUGGUCCCCUUCGUGGUCACCGUGGCCUGCUACACGGCCACCAUCCUGGCGCUGCUGCGCACGGCCGACCCGCACAGCCGGGAGCAGCGGCGCCGCGCCGUGGGCCUGGCGGCCGUGGUGCUGCUGGCCUUCGUCACCUGCUUCGCGCCCAACAACUUCGUGCUGCUGGUGCACAUGGUGAGCCGCCUCUUCCUGGGCAAGACCUACUACCACGUGUACAAGCUCACGCUGUGCCUCAGCUGCGUCAACAACUGCCUGGACCCCUUCGUCUACUACUUCGCGUCCCGCGAGUUCCAGCUGCGCCUGCGCCUCUACCUGGGCUACGGCCGCCUGCCCGCCGGCGUCCGGGACGCGCGCACCGAGAGCCUCUUCUCGGCGCGGACGCUGUCGGCGCGCUCCAUGUCCAGCGGCCACUUCGAGGGGCUCGAGGCGGCGGGGAGGCCCACCCUCCGCAGGCAGGAGAGCGUCUUCUGAGGCGCGCAGCCCCGGGGACGGCUGCGGACAGCGCUCACGGGCGGUCUCCGUGCGAAGCGUGUGCCUCCGCCGCCGUGGCGCAUGGAGAGGGCCCCCAGGCGGAUGGCGCAUGGAGAGGGUCCCCAGGCGGAUGGCGCAUGGAGAGGGCCCCCAGGCAGAUGGCGCAUGGAGAGGGUCCCCAGGCGGGCCGCGGAGGAGGCCCGGGGCACCGGGACCCAACAGCCCGCGGUUUAAUGACACGGGACCGAGCGCGCAGGGCGGAACAGGAUGGGGACCCAAGGCGACCCCCUGAGUCCCUCCGCAUCCCCAAAGCCACCGGAAUCCUUCUGUGCGCCUGGCGCUGGGGGAACGCCCACCCGGCCGGUCCUCCGCCCCUGGUCCCGGCCUGGAGCCCCGGAGCCUCAUGCAAGGCCUCGCACGGUGGGCGGCAGCCUCGCACCGGACCUGACCCCUGGCGCCCUCGGGGACC